GGAUACUGUGUUAUGUUACACCCUGUAUAAUAAUAUCAGUAGUGGUCGCACAAAUGUGCUUGUGUUGUAGCCAUCUUGGGCUUGUCACAACUUCCGGUAUAAUCACCAAUAAACCAGUUUAUUGUUGUUAUGAAAUCCAUCUAUAGUUCCUAAAUCUGAUAUCUUCCAAGGAUCAAGACAUGACAUUUGGCGACGAGGGUAAACUAACUUUCGGCAACAUCACUUCGUAAGCGGUAUCUCGCGUGUAUCUGUGCAUAAAUCGAGGUAGAAUCGGGGCAGAACCCUGCUCGGUUGCUCUGCGCACAUCAUCAUACAUCGUAUCGGCCAGUGCAGUGCAUCGUAUCGUAGCUUCGGGAUAACCUUUCAAUCAUCAUGUCGAUAAAACCCAAGCUAGCAGAGUUGGAACAUUUCCCUCUUGAGCCUAAAGAAACGGCAGCCUCCCGUUGGGAGCAAUAUACCAAGCGUUUUGAUAACUUUUUAGUUGCAACCAAUAUCACCAAUCAAAUCCGCCAGAGGGCAAUGUUGUUGCACUGUGUGGGCGAGGAACUGUUCACGAUAUUCGAAAAUAUCCCUGAUCGAGGCGCUGCUGAUGAUUAUGCUGCGUGCAAGAAUGCAAUCAAAGCAUAUUUUCAACCAGCCAAGAACGUUGAAUUCGAAACCUACAGCUUUCGUCAGGCUCGGCAAAAGCCGGAUGAAUCGACUGACCAGUAUCAUGUUCGGCUCCGAAAACUGAGCAUUCAUUGUGAGUUUCAUGAUGUGGAUCGUGAGAUUAAAUCGCAGAUCGUACAAACUUGUCGUGACUCUGAAGUUCGUCAAAAGGCUUUGCGGGACCCCAACCUCACCUUACAGCAACUCUUAGCCUAUGCUAGGGCUAGAGAGGCUAGCGGGGUUCAGGCCAAGGCUAUGGUUGAUGGACACGAAACCGUUAUCAAGAAAGUGGAGUCACAGAACAAUCGAUCGAAACCAAAAAAGUUUGUACCCAAAGCAAAACCGAAGUCGAAAGACUUAACUUGUGGCUUGUGUGGGGGACCGUACCCUCAUGAGAACGAAUGCCCUGCAAAGGGGAAAAGCUGCAAUAACUGUGGUAUCAUGAACCAUUAUGCUAGGGUUUGCCGGAAAUCGAAACAGGCAAAACAGGGAACUCAGGCUGGUCAAUCAGCAAAACCGAGAUUCAGCCAAAGGCACAAGCAGCAUCAUGUUGGUGAUGACGAUACGUACGGUUACAGCAAUAAUCAGAACCGGCCUUGGGAGGACACUUACAACUUGUUCAAUACGGAGUCCGAGGAUCCAAACAAGUUCCCUAAGCGUAGAAAGCAGGCAUGGGCAGAGUCGCCUAUCACGCCAUAUACCGUCGAUGCUAUAAUCAAUGGCGUGAACAUAACGUUUGAAGUCGACACCGGGGCUUCAAAAACCAUUGUGAGUCAGGAUGAGUUCGAUAGACUGCGCACAGGGACAGAAACUUUAAAUCUUGAACCAGCUUCGGUGAAGUUACGUACGUAUACUGGUGAAGAAUUUCGACCAUCAGGCAUGUGUGUAGUUCCUGUUACGUACGAGGACCAACAGGCGGAGCUGUCUCUCCUAGUCGUGCCCGGAGAUCGUCCAAAUCUGCUAGGACGAGACUGGAUGUCAAAAUUGUGUCUGAAGUGGCAAACAAUUUUCGAGACUCAUUCUGUGCAUGAGAAGAUAAAUCAGCGCAUCAGUGAAAUAAAAGUUGUGUUGUCGAAGUAUCGCGACUUGUUUAAACCAGGCCUAGGCAAGGUCAAAACCAAGGCAAAACUACAUAUCGAUCCAAACGUAGUACCGGUAUUUCAUAAAGCGCGUCCAGUACCGUAUGCACUUCUCGAGGCAAUUGAUAAGGAACUUGACAGAUUGUUAGCUCUGGGUAUCAUUGAACCUGUGGCUCAAUCCGACUGGGCUGCACCGAUCGUGCCUGUUCGUAAACCAAAUGGGCAAGUUCGUAUCUGUGGUGAUUUUAAACUCACUGUCAAUCAGGCUAUCAGGGGGAACCAAUACCCAAUACCAAAGAUAGCUGAUCUGUAUGCUAAGUUGGCCGGAGGGCAGACCUUUACCAAGAUUGAUAUGUCGGAUGCCUACCUACAGAUGGAGCUAGACGAUGCUUCGAAAGAACUAGUAGUUAUCAACACACACCGUGGGUUAUUUCGCUAUAACCGUCUAGCGUUCGGCAUUUCUUCCGCCCCUGGCAUCUUUCAGAGAACAAUGGACAAUCUAUUACAAGGACUUGAUCAUGUCGUUGUGUACCUCGACGAUAUCUUAGUUACGGGCAAGACCGCUCAGGAACACCUGGCUAAUCUCGAGAAAGUUCUGAAACGGCUGCUAGACGCAGGGUGGCGGUUAAGAGAAGAGAAAUGUACAUUCAAUGCUGAUGCUGUUGUGUACCUGGGUCACCGCAUUGAUAAGGAUGGCUUGCAUCCUGUCCCCGAAAAGGUUGAGGCCAUUGUCAAGGCACCACCACCGGAGAACAUCCAACAACUGCAGGCAUAUCUCGGAAUGCUGAACUAUUAUGAACGGUUCUUGAGAAAUCGUGCAACCGUGUUGGAACCAUUACAUGAACUCUUGCGCAAGAAAGGGUCCUGGCAUUGGGGUCCUGAUCAGCAGAAAGCUUUUGUGGUUUCUAAGGAACUGUUACAAUCAUCGAAAAUCCUUGUGCAUUAUGAUCCAGCAAAGGAGAUAAUCGUAGCUCCAGACGCGUCACCUUACGGACUUGGUGCGGUAUUGUCUCAUCCUGGUGAAAUCAAAGGACAGGACCGACCUGUCGCGUAUGCUUCACGUUCCUUAUCGUCUGCUGAACGCAACUACUCGCAACUGGAAAAGGAGGCGUUAGCGUUGAUUUUUGCGGUCAAAAAGUGGCACCAGUACUUAUGGGGAAGAACUUUUACCUUGUUGACGGAUCAUAAACCGUUAGUAGGUUUGUUGCAUCAAGACAAACCAAUACCACCAACGGCCGCACUGCGCAUACAAAGGUGGGCUCUAACUCUGUCCGCAUAUGACUAUAAAAUCGUCUAUCGUCCAGGGCAACAGAAUGGUAACGCGGAUGGCCUAAGUCGACUACCAGCGUCGCCCCCACCAGCUUCUCCACCACCGGCAGAGUUCAUUCAUGCAUUGGAUCAGAUUGACACCACUGUCGUUACGCACACCAUGAUCGCCACCUGGACCAACAGACAUCCUGUGUUGGCCAAUGUUCGAAAGUUCAUCCUUUCAGGAUGGCCUAAGCGGGUUGAUAAGCAAUAUCAGCCAUAUUUCUAUCGUAGAAAUGAACUAACUCUACACGAGGGUUGUAUCUUGUGGGGUGCUCGGGUCAUCGUGCCUCCACAAGGUCAUCGUCAGCUCCUGGAGGAGUUGCACUUGGCACAUCCAGGCAUGGUCAGGAUGAAAAAACUGGCUCGAUCAUAUAUCUGGUGGCCAAACUUGGAUGAGGACAUUGAGCAGAAAGUGAAAGAUUGUCAGAGUUGUCAACAGCAUGUGAAGAAACCAACCGCCGCUCCGCUUCACCCAUGGGAAUGGCCUGGUAAACCAUGGUUCCGUCUUCAUAUCGAUUUCGCUGGACCAUAUGAGGGAAAAAUGAUUCUCAUCAUUGCAGACGCACAUACCAAGUAUAUCGAUGCUCAUGUGCUCAACUCUGCAACGUCGUUGAACACUAUUGGCAAACUGAAAGCAACAUUUGCAGUGCACGGAUUACCGCAUAUUAUCGUUUCGGACAAUGGUUCGAAUUUCACUAGUCAAGAGUUCCGGGACUUCUGCAAGAGUAACGGAAUACGUCAUAUCUUCACAGCACCCUAUCACCCGGCCAGUAAUGGGCUCGCUGAACGCGCUGUUCAGACUAUCAAGAGUGGACUGUCAAAGUCAUCGAAAUCGCAAUCGCUGGAAUCUCGUCUCCUGGAGGUUCUUUUCCGUUAUCGUAUAACGCCCCAUGCUACCACUGGCAUGGCACCAUGUGAGCUCCUCAUGCAUCGUCAGCUUCGCUCUAGAUUGGAUUUGGCAGUACCAGACCUGUCAUCAUCUGUGUUACGUGGUCAAACUGCCAUGAAAUCGCGUCAUGAUAGGAAGGCUAAAGCCAGGGAAUUUAGCGUUGAUGACGCAGUUUUCGCUAAGAACUUUGCUGAUCGUGGUCUGAACUGGUAUCCGGGACGCAUCACAUCAAGAUCAGGACCGGUAUCAUACACUAUUCGUUUGAAGGAUGGUCGCGUGUGGCGCCGCCAUCAGGAUGCUAUACGUCUCAACGAGGCACAGGAGGACACAUCGGUUGAACACGAGACACAACCACCGCAGGUUGUGCCCAUUCCACAACGGGAGGAAAUUCAGGGAAAUCCGAGAGAUUCCGAUUCUGUGGUCACUAGGACACCGCAGGCUGCUACUCCACCAGUAGUUGCCCCACCUUCGCCAUCUGCUGGACCGCCACAGCAACCUCUUCGUAGGUCCAGUCGGGUCAGCCAUCCGCCAGAUAGGCUUGACCUGUAGCGCUAAUCAAUAGGCGUCUAAGGUGUAGGCGGAUCGCUGCCUUAGUAUGUCAAUCCUUUGUUAAUUCUGCGCUGCGAGUGUGGCUCUUGACAUUCAUUCAAUAUGAGUACCUAAUCAUUCUUAUGUUGAACUUGUAAUUGCAUAUGGAUAUUGUGUGUUCCAUUUUCAUUAUUGUUCAGUUGAGUUAAGCAAUCGUUUAUAACUGAGUAAUUGUAGUGUUGGUAUUCCAGAUAAUUAUACUUACCUCCAGCAGUGAGCAGAUUUACUGUGUACUGAAUAUUGUGUUAGCACAUUCGAGUGUAAAUCAAAUCCUAUAGACAAUUGGAUUAUUUAGAGACUAUGUGUAUAGACUUAUCCUAGUCAGUGGGUUUCCAGUUACAGUGUUAUUAGGUUUUGAUCAAGCUCACGUAUCAUGGACUGGCAUCUUCUGGGGGUGAGGAAUGUUGGAUACUGUGUUAUGUUACACCCUGUAUAAUAAUAUCAGUAGUGGUCGCACAAAUGUGCUUGUGUUGUAGCCAUCUUGGGCUUGUCACAACUUCCGGUAUAAUCACCAAUAAACCAGUUUAUUGUUGUUAUGAAA